UGAAUUCUAAGACGUUUCCGAAGAUGAAGAAGAAGUACCUUAAUGUGAUACUGAGUUACGCUUGUCGUAGCCUCAAGGAGAAGGCUAGAGAAAUACACAGCUUACCAUGUUCUCCUGACGAUUCCUGGAUCUACAGAUCUCUUGUUUAUCAGAAAAUUGACCUGAACACGAUGGAAGAGAAGAUAACUAUGAAACUGUACAAAAAUCUUGCAGAGUUUUAUUGUGACGUACUCUCUGUUGUACACAAUGUUAUAGUGAUGUAUGGAGGGGAGAGUUCUUUAGCUUCACUGGCUCGGCAGAUACUGGAAGACUGUGCUUAUGACAUGAAAGAGAUCAGACAGUGUCAUCGUUGUUACAAAAUCUCCAAUGAAAAACAGCAUAAGUUCUGGUUUUGUGAGCCUUGUGACCCUCCUCAUGAGCUAGUUUGGGCCAAGCAAAAGAAAUUUGCAUUUUGGCCUGCCAAAGUUAUUCAGAAGCAUGAUAACUAUUAUGACGUCAGAUUCUUUGGUGGCCUCCAUCAAAGGGCAGUUGUGAGUGAAGCUUGCGUAAAGCCAAUCGCUACAAGUUUGUAUCAGCUGAGAAUAAAAAAGACUUCUACUUUCAAGAAAGCUCUGAAAGAACUUUACUAUCAUCAGAGACUUUUACAUUUGAAAAAGAGAAAGAGUAAAUGCUCAUCUCCGUCAGUUUCAAAACUGGACAUUAGAACCAAAUUGAGCACUGAGAACGUUAUGGAGCUUAAACCUACGAUCGAAGAAGAGUUGCUCGUACCACAGAAAUUACCUUCUCCAGUAGUGCAUCAGCUUCCUCAGUGCUCCUCCUCAUCUUCCAGAAACAAUAAGGAGAGACAGGUGACAAAGGGACAUUGUGAUUGCAGUGUUAAAUACAAUGAAAUACUUAAAGAAUUUCAGAGGCGCAUAGAAGAAGAGUACAAAGUUAAAGAAAAGAGGGCACUGAAAGCACUUGCUGAUAAGAUGACAAAAGAUUUUGAAGAAGAGAAAAAGAAUAUCAUCGCAACAGCUUUGGAUCAAUUUCACCAGGAAGUAGAGCAUUCCCGAUUCCAGCUGGAGCACCAACUGCUUUAUCAGCAUCAGCAAGAAUUACAGAAUCUUCUAGACUUCCAUCAGCAAGAACUUUUGGAUGUUAAAAGAAAGCAGUGGUGUACCAUCUGCCAGAUAGAAGCAAAGUACCAGUGCUGCUGGAAUACUUACUAUUGUAGUGUCGAGUGUCAGUACAAACACUGGGAGGAGCACAAAUGGACGUGUCAGAAAAAUGCUAGCACUGAUCAUAAGACAGACUGUUGAGAAUUUCAAGUGUACAAAAAAAACAACAACAACUAGAGAAACGUCCAGUUUGAUAGCAGUUGAUUUUGGUUCUGUAAGUGACAGUCAAAUAAAUGCUAAGGAGUCUGGUUGUUACUAUAACACUUAUGGUAGGCAUAAACUCUCUUCUUCCUGUGUUUGGGAGCUGAGUAUUCUCUGGAGAUGACACUGAAUUAGAAAAUAUGAAACAACUACCUGCAGGUACAGCAUUUGAAGACUGCAUAAGUUACCCAUAAAAAUGGUUAGUGGAUGUAUUGGAAGAUUCUGAAUUAUUCAACAGUUCUAAAAUGUAGUUUAUAAAAUGAAACACUACGGCCCACAUCUGCUACAAAAUUCAAAAAAAUAUUGAAUUCCUUGAGAUCAUCCUCACAUGAACAAAACUAGAAUCACUUGUGUACAGUAGCAGCACCUAGUGUAACGUAGCUGUCGUUCCUUGAGAUCAUCUUCACAUUAAUGAAACUAGAAUCACUUGUGUACAGUAGCAGCACCUAGUGUAACGUAGGUAUCAUUCCUUGAGAUCAUCCACACAUGAACAAAACUAGAAUCACUUGUGUACAGUAGCAGCACCUAGUGUAACGUAGGUAUCAUUCCUUGAGAUCAUCUUCACAUUAAUGAAACUAGAAUCACUUGUGUACAGUAGCAGCACCUAGUGUAACGUAGCUGUCGUUCCUUGAGAUCAUCUUCACAUUAAUGAAACUAGAAUCACUUGUGUACAGUAGCAGCACCUAGUGUAACAUAGCUGUUGUUCCUUGAGAUCAUCCUCACAUUAAUGAAACUAGAAUCACUUGUGUACAGUAGGAGCACCUAGGGGAGGGGGGUAUUAGGCUCUGUCCCUGAAAACUUGACCAAAAAGUAUUUCUAAUAAUGAUAUUGAAAAAAAUUUCAUAGUACUGAGGCAGUCCUCCAAAUUUUUAAUUAUUUUAAGUUAUUAAUACAUCACCAGAUCUGGCUAAUAGUAUUGAUAAGUUUGAUAGUAAUAACACACACACACACUUCUUAUAAAAUUAAUUAAAAACUAUUACAAAUAAAAUUCUCUUUUCUUACCUAUAAAACACAAGAUUAAUAAUAAAGACAAGAAAAAAACCCAUAAUGCAGUGGAACUCGGUUUAAAAGAAAUGUUCACUAAAUUGUACAUUAAAAAUUAGCUUGUCUAGGAAACAACUUGUGACCAUGUGACUGCUACACUUUCGUGCUAGUUGUCCAAGAAAAUGAAAAGAACCUUUAAAAUGACUCGCACCCUUUAUAUACAGUUGUGGUUUGAUUAAGCAUUAUCUGUACUGUUUGAGUGAUAAGCUAACAAUAUAUAUAUAUAUAUAUAUAUAUAUAAUCAGAUUGUGGGUAUUCGUCGUGUCGUGUCCACCGAUACCCGUGAAUUGUGAUCUGAAUGAAAGAUCAAAUUUUGGGGUUCUGAGUAUUUUUGAUAUGAUGGAUGUGGUAAAAAAAGUUGUUUUUAAGUAUUAUUUCUUACUUUCAAAGGCAUACAAUUUUGUUGAUGUUAGACUUGGAUACGUCAUGACAGUGUUUACAAAAACAUUUUGAGUGUAUGGACCUUCACUCAUUAGAGAUAGCUUAACUUCAUCCUACUGAUUAAAAUAAAAAAAUAGUGUUCAAACUUUUUUUUCAAUAUAUUUCUGUUUGUUAGAAUCAUAAAAAUAAUUU